AUGGCUUCAGCACUUGGAUUGAGACUCUUGGGAGGGCCUCGGAGUCUGCGCCCUUGGGUGUGCGAGAGCUGUCGAGCCCUGAGUUCCUCCACCAUCGUGCAGGCCGGCCACAGCCGUUGGUCAACAAUAAAGCACGACAAGGGUAAAAACGAUGCGGCAAAGAGCAAGGAGCGCGUUCUCCACGCCAGAGAUUUAAUCAAUGCGUCGAAGUUAUUUGGACCCGACCCGGCCUCAAAUGCACGGCUCGCUCUUGUUAUCAGCAAAGCGAAACGAAGCGGAAUGUCAAAGAGUACAAUCGAAGCUGCUAUUGCACGGGGUCAAGGCAUAUCGUCUACGGGUGCGACUCUCGAACCGGUAACGAUAGAAGCCCUUCUACCAUCAUCAGUUGCUGUCGUGAUCGAAUGUAUGACGGAUCAGAAGGCGCGGACACUGCAAGAUAUCCGCUUUUUGAUUAAACAUCAUGGGGGAACAGUUACGCCGACGAGCUAUCUAUUUGAGAAGAAAGGCAGAAUUGUGUUUGAGAAGGUCGAGGGAUUGAAUGUAGACGACCACCUAGAGCAAGCCAUUGAUGCUGGGGCGAUCGAUGUAGACAUGGACGAUCAAGGUCGACUGAGAGUAUUCACAGAACAUGCAGAUACAAAGUCCGUUGGUGACAAACUUUCAGCAGUAACUGGAUUGAAAAUCGAGACUGCCGACAUUAUUUGGGACCCAAAUAAGGAUACGAUUGUGGAACUACAAUCGGGAGAAGAUGCUGAUAAAAUCGAGGAUAUCCUUAAUACCAUUCGAGAGGACUCCAGUGUCCAGGAUAUAUAUACCAAUUCAACUAUAGUAUAA